UUACUGACAGUAACCAGCGUGAGAAACUUGGUAUGAAAUUUUGAGAAACUCCAGAAUGACCAAUGAAGCAAGUUUUAAAAUAGGAUUAUUGGUGUGACUACAGUGAUGGGAAAGAACAGCUGGGGACAACAAGGUAAACUUUGUGUAUUAUUAAAAUGAUCUGUUGACAGAGAGUGUUAAUGGUGAUACUUCCAUUUGCCACAUCAACUGCUUUUUGUCUGCUACUUGAAAAAUUGCUGCAGACAAGGAAUAAAGAAACCAUGAUAUAUCUAUUGUAUUUUUGCAACAUUUCUGAAAAUCACUGUCCUUCUGUGGUGAAAAUGAAAUUCUUCCAAUUCUAAGUUAAUGAGAAUAGGCUUAGGAGGGUUGACAGUGGUUGCCAGCAGAACAUCUUUUUUGUAGAACAGAAUGCAGGAGAAACCAAGACAAACCUGGAAAGCUUGAAAGGGACUCAUUGUGGUGAUGAGGCACAUCUACUGCAGUCAUUGGUCCACACAUAUUUCAGAGGUUAUGGAGAAACCUUAUAUCAUGUGCUGUAUUCACACCAACAGUUACAGUGAUUUGUUUUUCACUACUCUUUCAUCUUUUGGGUUUACUGAGCAUUUCUGAAAAAUAUUAUUUCAAGUGGAAAAAAACUUUUAAGUUUGUAUCUCAGCAUCUCUAUUUUCUAAUAGUUCAGCUUUCUUAUAUUCCAAAAGGUUUCUAUUUAUUUUAGCCUAAGGAAUUUGCUAUCAAGUUUAAACCUGCCCAUUUUCAACCAGCAAAUAGAACUGCAGUUGGUAGAGAAGUGUUUGGAGGUUGUGUGAUAAUUAUUUUGACUCAAUUUUAGCCAAGUAUUAGAGAUCUUUUGAACCACAGGGGAUUUCUUCCUUUGAGCUAGUAAAUUGAAAAAUAUUCUUGUUAUAUUGGCUUAACUGGUAUGAAAAGUUCUGUGUAUCUGAUUAGUAGAUAGCAAAUUUAUAAUUGCUGAGAGAUUUCAAUACUCAUCACUUUAAAGCAUUGAAAUAAUGGCACUUUACAAAAUCUAUAGGCCCUCCUGUGCCAUUUAUGCUUCUCUUUCCGUGAGGGUAGGCUCAUUCUGAAGGAAUAAAUUUAUUUUCCACUGUUUUAUAGCUUGGGCUUGAAAAGCAGUUGUUGCUGCACAUUCUACAGACUAAUUUUGCAUACAGAUAAACUCUUGGGCAGUGAAAGCCAGGACUCGAGUCCAGUGCUGAAGGGCUUUGGUCUUGCUAAGACCAGUUUUUGUGGUUUCUCCUCCUCUUAGGCCUGACACUCUCUGCCAAACUGGAUGCGAGGGGCAGAGACAGAAGGGGAGCUGAUCACACCACGCAGGUGUGCGGCGAACAAGGGAAGCCCCCAGGCACCUGCGGGCUUUGUGUUUGCUUCAGUCAGCCCGGGCGGGUGAGCACGGCCUGUUCGCCGAGGGCAUCCGAGUCACAGCCGGCCCGACACCGGCGGGUCCUGCCCAGAGAGGCGUCCGCUUCUCCUCGUCCAUCCUCAGCCCAGUAAACCACAACAGCUGUGGCAGGCGAUGGCAGCAAGGAGGAACUAAACUUCCCUUCCCCUUUCUGGGAAUUGGUGUCUGCUUAGUUUCAGAGCCGAGAACGCGUUGUACCCCAUGUACUUCUGCGCAACCUUGGGGCAGUUUUGCUCACGCUUGUCUUCUGUGUGAAUUCACGAAACUGUCGGAGCGUGCACAAGGGCAGCUGAGCCACGCCCCGGGGCCGGCACGGUGGGCUUUGUGCGGGGGUUCUGUAGGCUUCGGCCCGAGCCGAGGGGAACGUUCCAGCCCACGCCCUGCGGGCCCGCAGCCGCACGGGCACGGCCCGGGCCCGCGCCUGCGCCCGCCCCUUCGCGGCACCCGUAGGAGCGCUCGGCGGCCCCGCCCGCCGCUCUCGGGAUUUAAUUACAGGGGCCGCUCGGCCGCGUGAUCUCCGGCACCGCUGCAGCUCCGCCGACAUGGCGUCCACCAGCCGUUUGGAUGUACUUCCGAGGGUGACUUGCCCAAAUCAUCCAGAUUCCAUUUUAGUGGAGGAUUACAGAGCUGGUGAUAUGAUUUGUUCUGAGUGUGGGCUAGUAGUAGGUGACCGGGUCAUAGACGUGGGGUCGGAGUGGAGAACGUUCAGCAAUGACAAAGCAACCAAGGACCCAUCUCGAGUCGGGGAUACCCAGAAUCCUUUGCUCAGUGAUGGCGACUUGAGUACAAUGAUUGGCAAGGGCACAGGUGCAGCAAGUUUUGAUGAAUUUGGGAAUUCAAAGUACCAAAAUCGCAGAACUAUGAGCAGCUCUGAUCGUGCGAUGAUGAAUGCUUUUAAAGAAAUUACAAACAUGGCAGACAGAAUCAACCUUCCUAGAAAUAUAGUUGAUCGAACAAAUAAUUUAUUCAAGCAAGUGUAUGAGCAAAAGAGCCUGAAGGGGAGAAGUAAUGAUGCUAUUGCUUCUGCUUGUCUCUACAUAGCCUGUAGGCAAGAGGGCGUUCCAAGAACAUUUAAAGAAAUAUGUGCAGUGUCCAGGAUUUCAAAGAAAGAAAUAGGCCGGUGUUUUAAACUUAUUUUGAAAGCUCUGGAAACCAGUGUUGAUUUGAUUACAACUGGAGACUUCAUGUCACGAUUCUGUUCUAAUCUGGGUCUUCCCAAACAAGUACAAAUGGCAGCAACACAUAUUGCCCGUAAAGCUGUGGAAUUAGACUUGGUUCCUGGGAGAAGCCCUAUCUCUGUAGCAGCUGCAGCUAUUUACAUGGCAUCACAGGCUUCUUCAGAGAAAAGGACACAAAAAGAAAUUGGUGAUAUUGCUGGUGUGGCCGAUGUUACGAUUAGACAGUCGUACAGGCUGAUCUAUCCUCGAGCUCCAGAUCUUUUCCCAGCAGACUUCAAGUUUGAUACCCCAGUAGACAAACUACCACAACUGUGAGAUGGCAGAGGGUUAAUUUCUAUUAACCCAGGCCCCCCCCCAAAAAAAAAAAAAACCAACAAAAACAAACUCUUUAUUUUUGCCUAUAAUAAAGGUUGUACAAAGUGUUAAUAUUGGGUCUUCGUGUUGUGGAACUGGAGGAUAUGGAGAUGGAGCAUAACUGCUGGAAGGCAGCAUACAUUCCAAGGGUAAACAAGCUCAUUGUGUGGCAUUUUGUAUGUAUAUAUUAGUGGAAGUAAAUAUUUAAUAUCUGUUGCAACAAAUUUAAUUUGAUACUGUUGUACUUAUUUAGAUUUCUUUUGUAGGGAUCGAGUAAGAUGUAUUUUGGAGAAUUUAAAAUAUUGUGUAAUUACCAAAUAAACUUUUCCAAAAACA